GGCCAUUGUGCUACGAAUGCGGAAAGAUUGACCGAAUUUUCAAGAAGCUCCGAACAGGUGGCGUUUGGACCACGGUAAAACAGCCCUACAAGGAGAAAGAGAUCAAGAAGCUUUUGGAAAGGAUGAGGGAUCUGAAACCGAGCUUGGUCGGGACGUUGAGCCAUUUGAGGUUCUUGAAAGCAGAUUACAUGAUGGAUGCCCUGGGAGUCGCCCAGUCAAGCUUGUUGGAAGGAGAAGAGGACGAAGAAAUGUCGAGAGAGAUGAUGGAGGAUAUCAAUGAGACGAGGAUGGCUAAGCUUACCGUAAGCCACAAGCUUGAAGAUUCAGUGGCUUGCAAGGUCCAGAGUAGUGCAAGAUCUUCAGGCUCGACGAAGACAGCUUGCACCGAAGACUGCUUUCACUCUCAGAAGCCCCGGGACGAUGUCUUGUCGCAAAGUACUUCUUCCACGCUACCGUAUCAAGACCAUCAAUUUUCCUGAGGGAAUAUUCUUCUCUUCGUCAAAGUCGAAACAUCAUCAAUUGACUGCAAGGCUUAGGAUUUGUAAGUAUUGAUCAAAGGACACAGCUAUGAUAAUCGCAAGUUCCCUGUCCCAAGCAACUCUAAUUCCAGGGCGUGGAGGAAUCUAGCCGAUAAGAUGAAUGAUUUGGCUUGUGGAAAUGUUAGCAUACUUCUGGUGAAG